AUGGCAGAUGCCUUGGGACGUGUAUUUCCUGGUAAAGUGUGUACUGGUAURAAGGCCCGUAUUAUUAGACCGAAUUUCUUACCCGGAAAGAAAGAGGAUUUGGAUGCACAUAAUAUAAAAGUUAUGAAAUUCUCGGUUUCUCCUGUUGUACGUGUAGCAGUUGAACCCAAGAAUCCUGCAGAUUUGCCAAAAUUGGUUGAAGCUUUGAGACGUCUUGGUAAGUCGGAUCCUAUUGCGCUAUGUAUCAUCGAAGAAUCUGGAGAGCACAUUAUUGCUGUUGCUAGUGAACUUCACCUURAAAUCUGUUUGAAAGAUCUUGAAGAAGAUCACGCCUGUAUACCAAUUAAAAAGUCUGAUCUUGUCGUAUUAUACAGAGAAACUAUUGCAGAACAAUUUAAUCAGAUGUGUUUGUCGAAAUCACCAAAUUAA